UGCAAGUUAGGAAUAUGGAAACAAAGAUGAAGAUGAUAAUUAUGAAUAUUUGUUUUCUUUUUUCUCUUCUUUCUUUUUGUUCCCACACCCAUGCAGCUAUCUUUGAAAUCCGGAACAAUUGUGACUUCACUGUUUGGGCUGCCGCAGUGCCAGGCGGUGGACAACAGCUUAAUCAAACUGAUGUUUGGACACUCGAAGUGAAACCCGACGUUACGAAUGCUCGUAUUUGGGCUCGAACCAACUGCAACUUCGAUGCGUCAGGUCGUGGUAGAUGUGAGACUGGUGAUUGUGGUGGCCUCCUCCACUGCCAAGCUUAUGGUACUCCGCCCACCACCCUCGCCGAAUAUAUAUCCUACCAGUUUGAUAUCUUGAACUUAGACAUUGGUGAUAUUUCUCUCACCGAUGGGUUUAAUGUUCCGAUAGAGUUCAGCCCCACUUCUAGCGAGUGUACGGGUGGCAAUAUCAGUUGCAAGGCGGACAUCAACAGACAGUGCCCGAAGGAGCUGAAGGCUCCUGGAGGCUGCAACAAUCCUUGCACUGUGUUCGGUGGUGAUCGAUAUUGCUGCACUGCCCGAGACAGUAGCUGCGGGUCGACAGGUUACUCCAGAUUCUUCAAGAAUAUGUGCCCAUAUGCGUACAGUUACCCAAAAGACAUUGCCCCCGUUGUGUUUACUUGUCCCGGAGGAACCAACUAUAACUAUACAGUCAUCUUCUGCCCUUAGAACCCUAUAAUAUAAAAGCCAACACUUUGCUUAGAAUAAGUAAGAGCUCACAUAUUUAUAUAUAGAGUGGUUGUAAUAAGAGCUGGAUGGGUGAGUAGCAACAA